AUGCAAUUUUAUAUGAAAAAGAUCCGAAACCGGAAAAAACUAGAAAAACUUGCAAAUGGAAAAAUAAAUCGAAAAUUGCUUCUUCCACCUGACUUUUUAUCCAUCGUUAGUAAUUAUAUUAGCAAUAUACCAAGCACUAGUGUUGAACGACAAUUACAAAAGAUUUUCAGUCAAGCUUUUCAUGUUGAAUUUCCGCCUAUUGAAGUUCCCUUUGGUCAGCUCCGUGGAACAUCCCUAGAUGCUAUACAUGCAUUUACAUUAAUACGCCAACAAUUGUGUACUAAUAUUGACAUUGGUCUUUUAUUUACUAAUCCAUCUAUUCGACAACUGGCUAUAACAAUAGAAUUUUUCUUGAUUUCGAAUUAA